ACUCCUACCCCCCUUUUUCAUCCCUUUUCCGCAAUGGCACAGCCUUGGUCUCGAUCUCGAUCAAGGCAUUCUUGGACUCUGUCCGGAUCGCUACUCCUGCUGUGCGUCGUUUCUUCCACUGAAACGCCGUUUCUUCGACCUGGCAUGGCGAAGCCGGGUGAUGGCCCACGGAGAACCAGCAGUGACACGAUGGCAGGACAUAGACAUUUGGCCACUCUAGGAUCGCGCAGGGAGGUCCAAGCUGCUACGGCACGCAGGUUCUUUGGCGGUGAAUCUGAAGUAGAUCGGCUGAGGCGUGAGAAUGAGGAAUUGAAGAAGAAGCUCGGGAGAGAAAGUGAGGGAGGGGGUAAUUUUAUCGAAAAGAUCGGCAAUGGCAUCAAAUCCCUCUUUGGAGGAAACAAGGAGCCGUCAGCCUUGGCUGAUGGUCCAUCGUUUGGAGGUCUAGGACUCUUAGGAUCCUUGUUGCAACCGGCCAUUGGUAUGAUGGGCAGUCUUUUGAAAGGCAGUCAGGACGACAUUGACCGUGUGCUGAGCGAAGCGCAGACGCUGAUCACACGGAGUGGGCGUGUGGGUUCCAGCGUGGAAUGUGGGCCGAUUUAUCGUCAAUCCUACUCAUCCAUGAACAUCAACGGAAGACAGACAACCCAAGUCCAGCUUCAGUUUCAGGUGCAGGGUGAUCGAACUGGGAUGGCUUCCUGUUCGGCGUCCAUUGGACCAGAUGGGGUGGACUUCCAGGAUCUCUCGCUUGAUGGGCAGCCGGUAGCCACCAGUGGCCCCAGCACGAGCGGCAAUGUGAUUGAUGUUGAAAGAUAGGUAGCGAUGACCUCCAACCUAGUAGCUUCUUGUUACUAGUAGCGAUCAAAGACAUAAAAGGCUUCUUGUUACUAGUAGCAAUGGCCUCCAACCUACUAGCGAUGGCCUCCAACUUAGUAGCUUCUUGUUAGGUAGAUUAGGAUAGAAAUCGGUGGAGAGGGACUUCUAGAGCUGGGGGAGUAGUCAUAGUAAAUGCACUUGAAAAUUGGGGAGCCAAUGAGAUUUACGGUUCAUAGAAGUUCCGUCCCCUCCACUGUCAUAGAGAGCUUAUCCGGACAGCCUCAGUUUGCCACAGACGAGGCGUGGUCCGUGAAGGAUCGUUUUUGUGCAGUUGAGUGAUGCUGUGUUGCUUUUGUUCGGCAACAAUGUCGGCUCAAGUCGCUUGAGAUCCUUGAUCCAGACCUGCUCAGUCAGUCGUGUUUUUGGUUAUUGGGGUGUAAGUCAACACUUAGGCAGGGCAGCUGUUCCUGUGCAAUUUGCUCAUGUUCUUCCGUAUUGGCUGGAGCACUGGUCUGGAGGAAAGCGAUCCAUUUGAAAAGACAAAUGAGGUACAGAAGGAAACAGUCUCAAGAAAUGAGGUACAGAGGGAGGGAGAGAGAGAGAGAGAGAGAACGUCAAGAAGUGUUGUCGAC